UGAUAUCUGCUAUGGUGAUGCGAUAUACAUUUUUUUUACUUUGAGUAGCAGCAACAGUAGAUGAAGUAGACAUAAAAAAAAUCAAUCAAUCAUUAAUAAUUGGGCAAGCAAAUGUGUGUGACAUAUAUUCUUGACAUAUUAUAUUGGUGGAAUUCAAUUUUAGGUUUUGAUUUCGUUGAAAAUGUCCAGCAGCAGUUCAUCAUCAGUGACCAUAAGCGAAGAACCAAUGUUUGAUCCAAAUGCAUUUGGUAUGGCAACAUUAUUGGGUGGCCUAUUCAUACUAGGAAUUGCAUCCGAUAUGAUGAUUGAUUCCGCAACCGAUUCAUUAGCAUGGUCAUUAGGAUAUUUUGGGCUAACAUUAAUUAUCUGUUCAUUCAUUUCAUUCACAUAUUCAUUUAUUUAUUGUUUUCGUGUUUCAACGAAUGAAUUAAGGCCAUUAGUGGUAAAUAGAACUGAACAACAUCAACAUCGACAUUUUCAUCAUCAAUAUUAUGGCUCAUCAAUCAUCGAUGAUGGCACGAAAACAGCUGAUUCAAACAUUAAGAAUCAAAAAUCAGACCAUCACAUCAUUAUGGCAUGAAAACAUACCACCAUCUCUACUUAACGAACCAAAAAACCAAAUUGUAAAUAAAAUUUUUAAUUUCUUGAAAAUUAAAUAAAUUUUUGUUUUUUCAAUAAUUUCAA